AUGGAGCGGAGAUCCGGGAGUGGGGGAGACCCUGCUCAGCGUCUCCGUAGUGGUCGGGCUCUUCCCUUGGCGUGUGGAAUGGCUCUGGUCCUGCUCACUGUUUCUCCGUGUUCGGUCCACGUAGACCCACUUGUCACCUGUUUUUCUUCGUUAAACCCUUCCCUGACCUCUCCGUUUGUCAGGCGCCCUCACAGCAUUCCAUGAGGUCGAUUCGCGGCCCGGCCUCGCCCUCGCGAUACCUGUGGCAGCGCCGGCCAUCUGGGCCCAGGAGAUGCCGCGUCCUCUCCCUGGUCUUGUGUUUCUGGGGACGGCACCCGUCACCUGAAACAGCCUCCCCGCCGGUCCUGGCGUCCCACUCAGUCCUGAUCCUUCUGCUCCUCAGGCUUCCCCUUGGAAUCCCUUUUUUUUCUGACCUUUUAUUUGGAUUGACUUGUAGAAGCUUGUUGCCUGAGGAAGAAGCCCAGAAAAGGAAGAGGAGGAAAGAAGGGGUCAGCAAUGGCUCUUUCUCAGGGACGGUUGACACUCAGUGAUGUGUUCAUAGAAUUCUCUCAGGAAGAGUGGAAAUGCCUGGCCCCAGCUCAGCGGGCCUUGUACAGGGAGGUGAUGUUGGAGAACUACCGGAACCUGCUCUUCCUAGGAAUUUCUGUUCCUGAUCUGUAUAUUGUCUCCAUUUUGAAGCAAGGGAAAGCACUUUGGACUCUGGAUAGCGAGUUGAAAACAGCACAAAUACCAAAUUGGUGGACACGUAUCGAAGGUGUGAACACAGAUCUCUGUCCUUCAUAUGUGAUCAAGAAAUUAAAAACGACAAAACCCAGUAGUGCAGGAAGAGCAUAUCAAACAGUGAUGUUUGGAAGUUGUGAAAGCCAUAUAAUCAAAGAUUUUUACUUCGGGGAAAUCCAGAAACAUAUGCAUGAUUUUGCUUGUCAGCAGAGAGAUGAUGAAAGGAAUCACAAAGGAAUACCUAUAAGUCCUAGAAAACAUCUUAAUGAUAGAAAAGGUGAAUUUGGUAGCGAGCAUGCCGGAAAGGAGCCUAUUGAAAACAAACUUGGACUGAGGUUUCAGUCAAAUCGCGCUGAUAUGGAGAUAUUUCACACUGAAGGAAACAUUGAUGAAUAUAAUCUGGCCAUUCAGAAGUCUUUCAACAAUAAUUCCUCCAUCUCUCCACUUCAAAGAGCUUUUUCUAGUGUCCAGUCCACCAUUUAUACUAUAUAUAGGAAUGAUUCUAGGCAUCCUUCAAUACUGACAGAAGACCUGAAAGCAUGCAGGAAAAAUUCUUACAAAUGUACUGAGUGUGGCAAAGCUUUUAGGAUGCGUUCAAGGUUAACUAGUCAUCAGAGAACUCAUAGUGGAGAGAAGCCUUACAAAUGUAACGAGUGCGGCAAAUACUAUAGUGCGCAGUCGAGCUUAACAGUACAUCAGAGAAUCCAUACUGGAGAGAAACCUUACAAAUGUAGUGAGUGUGGCAAAGCCUUCAGUUUGCGUGCAAGCCUAACCAGUCAUCAGAGAAUCCAUACUGGAGAGAAACCUUACAAAUGUUAUGAGUGUGGCAAAGCCUUUAGGAUGCCUUCAAUCCUCAGUUACCAUCAGUCAGUACAUACUGGAAGGAAACCUUACAAAUGUAAUGAGUGUGGGAAAGCCUUUACUGUGCAUUCAAACCUACGUAUACAUCAAAGAAUGCAUACUGGAGAGAAGCCUUAUAAAUGUAAUGAGUGUGGGAAAGUCUUUACUGUGCGUGCAAGCCUAACUAAUCAUCAGAUAAUUCAUACUGGAAACAAACCUUAUCAAUGUAAUGAGUGUGGCAAAGCCUUUACAUUGCGUUCAAGCUUAACUACACAUCACAGAAUCCAUACUGGAGAGAAACCUUUCAAAUGUAAUGAGUGUGGCAAAGAGUUUAGUGUGCAUUCGACCUUAACUAAACAUCAGAGAAUCCAUACUGGAGAAAAACCAUACAAAUGUAAUGAGUGUGGCAAAGCCUUUAUUGUGCAUGCAAGGCUAACUAGACAUCAGAGAUUACAUACUGGAGAGAGACCAUACAAAUGUAAUGAGUGCGACAAAGACUUUAGUGCAUAUUCAAGCCUAACUACUCAUCAGAGAAUCCAUACUGGAGAGAAACCUUACAAGUGUAAUGUGUGUGGCAAAGCCUUUAGUGUACGUGGAAGCCUAACAAGUCAUCAGAUAGUUCAUAGUGGAAAGAAACCAUACAAAUGUAAUGAGUGUGGCAAAGACUUCAGUGCCAACUCAAGCCUAACUAUACAUCAGAGAAUCCAUACGGGGGAGAAACCUUACAAAUGUAGUGAGUGUGGCAAAGCCUAUAGUGUCCGUGCAAGCCUAACUUACCACCAGUUAACUCAUAGUGGAGAGAAACGUUACAAAUGUAAUGAGUGUGGGAAAGCCUUUCGUGUGCAUUCAAACCUAACUACACAUCAGAGAUUGCAUACUGGAGAGAAACCUUACAAAUGUAAUGAAUGUGGAAAAGCCUUUAGUGUGCGUGGAAGCCUAACAAGUCAUCAGAUAAUUCAUAGUGGAAAGAAACCAUUCAAAUGUAAUGAGUGUGGCAAAGACUUUAGUGCCCAUUCAAGCCUAAAUGCACACCAGAGGUUGCAUACUGGAGAGAAGCCAUACAAAUGUAAUGAGUGUGGCAAAGCCUAUAGUUUGCGUGCAAGCCUAGCUUACCAUCAGGUAACUCAUAGUGGGGAGAAACCUUACAAAUGUAAUGAGUGUGGCAAAACCUAUAGUGUCCGUGCAAGCUUAACUAGUCAUAAGAUAAUUCAUACUGGAGAGAAGCCAUACAAAUGUAGUGAGUGUGGUAAAGAAUUUAGUGUACAUACGAACCUCACUAAACACCAGAGAAUCCAUACUGGACGAAAACGUUAUAAAUGUAAUGAGUGCGGCAAAGCCUAUAGUGUCCAUGCAAGCCUAACUAGUCAUCAGAUAAUUCAUAAUGGAGAGAAACCAUUCAAAUGUAAUGAGUGUGACAAAAACUUUAGUGCGCAUUCAAGCCUAACUAUACAUCAGAGAAUCCAUACUGGACAGAAACCUUUCAAAUGCAGUGAAUGUGGCAAAGCCUUUAGUGUUUUUUCAAGCCUAGCAAGACAUCAGAUGAUUCACAAUGGAGUAAAACCUUACAAAUGUAAUGAGUGUGGCAAAGCGUUUCGAGUUAAUUCAGACCUCACUUUCCAUCAGUCACUCCAUAAUGGAAGGAAACCUUCCAAAUGUAACAACUGUGGCAAGGUGUUUCAAAACAAAUCACACCUUGUGAUUCAUCAGAGAACACAUUCUGUAGAAAACCUUAAAAAGUAUUGAGUAUGGCAAAGCCACUAGUGUGAAUUCAAAGAAGCUUAGCAUCAGAUACUCCAUACUGGUGAAAAGAUUUAGAAAUGUAGUGGAUUUGGCAGGGCUUUUAGGUAUUGCCUUCAAUUUAGGAUUCAGUAAAUAGUUCAUACUUGGAAAUGCUGUGAACGUGGCAAAAUUUUAAAUUAGGACCAACUCUUUGGUAGCUAUAAGAAUAUAUGUUCUGGAGAGAUACCACACAUUAUUGUGUGACAAAGUUUCCAGAGAUAAAUGAUUGGGAACAGUGGAACGAUUCCUUACAGUUCAAUGAGUGUGGCAAAGCCAUUGGAGUUCACGUAUCUUUAAAGACCAGAUUCCACAGUGAAGAGAAAUUAUAUAAAUAUGUGUCAGAACCUUUAUCCAAGCCUUUCAGUCUUUAGACAGCAGAAUUUGAGAAACCGUGCAAAAGUAAUGUGCGUGUUAUUGCUUUCAUAAAAGGUAAAGCUGGGACAUCAGAAGAUAAUAUUUUGGAGUGUAACCUUACAAAUGUAGUGAACGUCAUAAGGCUUUUCAUCAAAUAUAUACAUGUUUUGUGUAAUGACAAUGGAAGGCAGAAAUUAUACUAAUGAACAUGGAAAUACUAACUAAGCAAGAGUGUGUCCUCAGGAUUCGUGCAUUUGUAAUGAAGAUAGUAAGUAAAUUAUUUAACCAGUUCUCAAAACCAGCUCCUCAGUCAAUAAUCCAUACUAGAAAUAGCUAAGUCCCCAGUUCUUUGAAAUUAAGACAUUACAUACUGCAGAAACAUUACAGAUUUUGUAUUAAAGCUUGAGACACGUUAUAUAUCAUAGGAACAAGGACGUGUACAAACAGCCCAUUUUCUUCACUGUUUAUAACAUUUAGUUUUAUUUUCUUUAAAGACUGUGUGGUUAUGAAAUUUAACCUUAAGUCCAAAGUCUGUUGAACUUAUGACUUCCUUCCAGGCCUUUCAUUCUAGUCUCUGGGAAGCAAUCCAUAUGAUGAAAGAGCCUACUUCAGGGGGCAUGGUUCAUUGCUGUGUUUCCCAGUAGAACAAGGACACUGAAUAUGACAUUCAUCGUUCUAUGAACUAGCAUCAGGGAAGGCAGAGAAUAAUGGAAAACUCUGUUCUCAGUCUUCAUAUUUACUAAGCACAGGGUGCCUGUCGUUUGACAGGUUAUGUUGGUCAGGAUACAAGGCUCCACCCACCAUGAAAAAGUGCAGGUCUGGACAUGAAGGUUGAGCUUUCCAUAGGAGGAGAACGAUAGGUGAUUAGGGGGUGAUUAGUGUUAGAAGUGAUGCAGAAGAAGUGGUGACUUUCUCCUUUGAAUGGCAAUAACUUAUAUAUCAAAGAUUCAUGGAAAAUUUGUCUUAUUCAUGGAAAUUAUAGAGAAAGAGCAGGUACCUGAGAGGGAAGCUUAUUCAAAAGAAGCAGAAUAGUAUGUAUGUGUGUAUGGUUCUCACCAAAGUGCUGGUAUUAUGUUUUGCCAGGUUCAUUGGGAAUAUAUCUUAGGGCUCAUGUUUUAAUGAAUAAAAUUUAAUUACUUUUCAUAA